GAUGGAGGCGGAGAGAUCAGGCGGUGAAGAAGAAAGGCCGGAAUCAAACGCCCUAAAACCCUCCCUCUUCCCCCUCUCAUCAAACAUUUCUCUUCCCGAUUCGUUCCCCUCCAGUGCUCCCCAGUGGCUUUCCAACGCCAGCUUUAGCUUCGACGUCUCGUCCCUUCCGGGAAGGGGAAGCGACCGGCCUCACUGGGAGGAGCCGGCGAGCCCCGACUCGGACGUUGAGGCCUCUGGCGCUGCCGCGGCUGGAGAUCCCACGCCAGCAUGGCGUCCUCAACGGUCCUAUGAUCUCGUGCCGUCGUCGCCCUCGGAAUCUUCAUCUAAGGACGAGCGUCGCUCGAAGGGCAAGGAAAGGAGGAGGAGAAAGAGGAAGAGGGAGAAGGAGAGAUUGGAUGAUGGCGCUUCGAGGAAGUCGGAGGUUCGAGCUUGGGCGGGGUCCGAUACCCAGCCGGCAAAGGAAUACUAUUUCGACGCUCAUGGGGAUAGGGACAAUUUGGCGUUUGGAUGCCUUUACAGGAUGGACAUUGCUCGUUACAAGAUUCAGGAUUAUGGUGAUUCAUCUCAGACCAAAUUUUGGUCAUUAUAUCGCUGGAGAACUUCAGCUUUAAAUAUGGAUACAGAGGGAGAUCAUGAUGUACUAGACCACAAGCUGAAAUCAGGAGGCCGUUAUUAUUCUGCAAAAUUUACUAUGUUGGAACGUAAUAGGGCUUUUAAGAAUACUAAAUUUGUUAAUAGAGCGAUGUCUUCAGUGAUUCCUGGGGAUUUCGUGCCGCUGUUAGAUUCACAUUCUUCCUCUGAAAAUGUUCCAUCAAAAAAUGAAGAGCUUGAGGAGUCUUGGGAUGAUGAAGUGAUUCAAAGAACAAGAGACUUCAACAAAAUGUCCAGGGAUUGUCCUCAUGAUGAGAAAGUUUGGCUAGACUUCGCUGAGUUUCAGGAUAAGAUUGCAAGCACACAACCACAAAAAGCAGCACGAAUGCAGAUGCUUGAAAAGAAAAUUAGUAUUUUGGAGAAGGCAGUGGAGCUGAAUCCAAAUAGUGAGGAGCUCUUACUCUGUCUCUUGAAGUCUUAUCAAGGUAGGGAUAGCAUUGAUACUUACAUUGAAAAAUGGGAGAGAAUACUCAUCCAACAUUCUGAGAGUUGCAAGUUGUGGAAAGAGUUUCUACUUGUCUGCCAAGGAGACUUUUCUAGGUUCAAGGUUUCUAAAAUAAGAAGAACCUAUGCUCAUGCAAUCCAAGCAUUAUCCUCAGCUUGCGACAAGCACCGUAGGCAGGAAUUUGCGAGUUUGCAAUCAGGUGAUUCUUCUCUAGUUCAACUAGAACUUGGCCUGGUUGAUAUAUUUGUCAGCUAUUGUAGGUUCGAGUGGCAAGCAGGUUACCAAGAAUUAGCAACUGGUUUAUUUCAGGCUGAACUUGAGUACAGUUUGUUCUGUCCUUCCUUAACUCUCAGCUCACAUAGUAAGCAAAGGCUCUUUGAUCACUUUUGGAAAAGUGGUGUUGCCAGAGUUGGGGAAGAUGGUGCACUUGGUUGGUCAUCCUGGCUGGAAAAAGAUGAGCAGAAUAGGCAAAAUACUACAUCAGAGGAUAGCACUGCUGAGACUGAGGUUGGAGGCUGGAGUGGUUGGUUUGAACUUUCAUCAAAAAAGAAUGUCCCAAGCAAAGAUCCAAUAGUAUCAGUGGAUCUUCCCAUUGAUAAUGAAAAUACUGAACAGAACCUUGAAUCUAAAGAGAACCUUGACACUGAAGAAAUUCCUCCAGGAGAUGACAUUGAAGCUUUGCUGAAAAAGCUUGGGAUUGACAUAGAUUCUGAGCCAAACAGUGAGGUUAAAGACACAGAAACUUGGAAUAAAUGGUCAAAGGAGGAGUUAUUAAGGGAUAGCGAACAAUGGAUGCCUAUUCACGAGGACUCUGGUUUGUAUGGUGAAAUUGGAAAGUCUGUAUCCCUUCAUUCUGAUGAUAAUUUAGAUGAUGAUCACAAUGAACAGCUUUCAAGAGUUAUCUUGUUUGAAGAUGUCAGUGACUAUCUAUUCUCAUUGUCCUCAAAAGAGGCACAUCUAUCGUUGGUGUUUCAAUUUGUUGAUUUCUUUGGAGGCAAGGUUUCUCAAUGGGUAAGUACAAAUAAGUCAAGUUGGAUUGAAAAGGUUCUCAGCUUAGAGACAGUGCCAAAUAUUAUUUUAGAUGACCUAAGGACUGUUUUCCAACUGGUAAACAAGAGACAAGAUCCUCAAAGCCAUUUUGUGUUGGAACCUCUUUUAAGCCAUGCAAGUAUCUCAUUGGGAACUAGUACCAUGAAGUUCCUUCGAAAUGCGAUAUUACUUUUUCUUGAUAUUUUUCCACGAAAUCACAUGUUAGAAGAAGCCCUGCUUUUUGCCGAAUGUUUGUUUGUGUCUGAAAUGAAGUCUUCUAGUUGCUCAAUUAAUCCAUCUCGAGUAUUGGCCAAAAGCUUGUUAAAGAAAGAUCGGCAGGAUUUACUACUUUGUGGUGUGUAUGCACAAAGUGAAGCCACCUAUGGGAACAUUGACAUGGCAAGGAAGAUAUUUGACAUGGCAUUAUUGUCUACUGAUGCACUGCCUGUGGUAAUUACUCAAAUGUUCAUUUACUUGGAUCUUCGUGAAAAUGUUCCACUUCUAUACUUAUGGUAUGCUGAUAUGGAAAUAGCACUAUCCACUUCUAGCAGCAACACUGAGUUCUCGCAGCGUGCAAUUCACAUUUUGUCUUGCUUGGGAGGGAAUGUGAAGUAUACUCCUUUUAAUUGUCAACCAUCGCCUCUGCAGAUCCUGAGAGCACGUCAAGGAUUCAAAGAACAAAUUAGGAGCUUGCGAAAUUUGUGGGCUCGUGGUUCUAUAGGGGAACAUUCUAUUGCUUUUGUCUGUGCAGCUUGUUUGUUUGAGACAUUAACCAAUGAUUAUUGUACUGGUAUUCAAGUUAUAGAGGAAGCCUUCUCUAUGGUACUUCCAGAGCGAAGAAGUCAGAGCCUGCAACUUGAAUCCUUGUGGGUCUAUUACAUUAAGGUGCUUGAGAGACAUCUAAAACAGUUCAAGUUCUCAAGGAUAUGGAAAACCACAUUACAAGGGUAUCAAAUAUAUCCUUAUAAUCCAAAAUCAUUUAGAGCCAUGUUACAAGUGAACUACCAUUAUAGUGUGUCAAGCAAAGUGCGACAUUUAUUUGAUGAAUGCUGUCAAAGAUAUCCAUCUGUAAUUAUGUUUCUUUUCGCAUUAUCCUUUGAAAUUGGUGGAGCUGGUUCUGAACACAGGAUUCAUAGUCUGUUUGAGAAAGCACUAGCUAAUGACAAGUUGCAGAAGUCUGUGUUACUGUGGCGCUGCUACCUUGAAUAUGAAGCAAAUAUUUCACGUAACCCAUCAGCAGCAAGAAGAAUUUUUUUUAGAGCUAUUCAUGCAUGUCCAUGGUCAAAACGGUUAUGGCUUGAUGGGUUUCAGAAAUUAAGCUCUAUUUUGUCUGCAAAAGAGCUAUCAGAUCUCCAGGAAGUCAUGCGUGACAAGGAGUUGAAUCUUAGAACUGACAUCUAUGAGAUCCUCCUGCAGGAUGAGGUGCCAGCAUAACGACAGAUUGUUUCACAUUCUGUGGUUCCAAUAUGCUUGCGUUGUCUACUACUGCUGAUUGUUCAUAUUCUGGGAUAACAGUAAAAGGCUUUUGUUGUUGAUUAUUCAAAUUCUCGGAUAACAGACAAGAUGAUGAUACAAUUUUUAUGUUGUUGAUUAUGAGAUCCUCCUGCAGGAUGAGGUGGCAGCUUAACGAUAGACCGUUUCAGGUUCUGUGGUUCCAAUAUGCUGAUUGUUCAUAUUCUGGGAUAACAGAGAAAGGCUUUCGUUGUUGAUUAGUCAAAUUCCGGGAUAACAGACAAGAUGAUGAUACAAUGUUCUGCGUUGAUACCAUUUGUGUAGGUUUGCUGCUGGGGCAUAAACCUUUGUCCUUGAAGAGUUUGCAUGAAUAAUCAAUCUGCCUGACCACUUGCAUUACAUUCUCCGACUACCAGAGGUCCAGUGUUAAGUGUUAAGUGUUGUGGUUGCUGAAGGCAGACGUCGGUAGGAGAAAUUAUUCAUAUGCAGUGUUUUUUGAACGGGAGCAGAGAAGGGGUAGCAGCAAAAGAGAACAAUGCUUUAUUUGGUUGUCAGCUGCAGCGAUGAGAAUCCAGCGGGGUUCAUGGUGAUACAAAGAC